AUGUGUUGGCCCGCAGGAGCUGUGCGAAGAUCCGCAGGUGUUCGUGGACGGCGCCAGUCGUCUGGACGUGCUGCAGGGGCCGAACCUGGGCGACUGCUGGCUCAUCGCUGCCUGAUACCCGAUGGAUUACAACUGAAACCUGGCGGUUCGGAAAAUAACUACACUGGCAAAAUUACAAUUCGUCUUUGGGCAUGUGGUUCUAGAUUUGAUAUGAUAAUCGAUGAUCGAUUACCAGUUAUGAAUACCAAAGACGGUUUAAAACUGGUGUUUGGUGCUUGCAAAGAGACUUCUGAAUUUUGGCUUCCUUUGGUUGAAAAGGCCGUUGCUAAAUACCAAGGAGGAUAUAAAAAUCUACGAGGAAGGCAAAUAGCUGAAGGGUUAAUGAUCCUUACGGGUUACUCUGUAAACAGAAUACAAUUAGUUCAAGAAAACCCCAUAGAUAAUUUGUUUAAGUUUUUGAAGAAAGAGUUGGCCCGAAAAUCUUUAAUUAUGGCUGCCGGAUACACUAAAGAGCUAAUCCGGAUAUCAACAAUAGUCCUCAAGAAUAGACGUGGUGGCGAAGAGAGUGCAAAGGAGAGCGUGUACCACACGUACACGGUGAACAAGGUGCUGCAGCUGUCGAACGGCAGGCAGCUCCUCCGCAUCCGCAACCCCUGGGGCACGGAGACCGACUGCACCGGCAAGUUCCGCAUCACAGAGGAAGACCACAAGGAGCUGCAACAGUGCCCUUGCAGCGACGGCGAGUAUUGGCUCGACGAGAAGGGCUUUUAUGAAAAAUUUUUGGAGUUGUGCGUCGCCAAUGAGUAUCCUUCGGUCUCAAGAAACAAAUUAGUGCCUUCUACAAACGUCGUAUCUGGUAGAGGAAUGUGGGAAGGCAAAACUGUCGGGGGUCCUCCUGGCAGUAAAACCUUUGAAAAUAAUUGUCAGUUUUUGUUUCAAAUCGACAUUGAAGACAAAGAAGCAGUGAAGAGAAAAGUCCCGGUGCUGCUGGAGCUAAUUCAAGAUUUGCAUCGCGAAGCCUCCCUCCCAUAUAAAUCGGGAAUGCAAAUAUACAAGGCGGUGGGCGCGCCCGAGGUCCAGCGCUACUCGUGGGCGCAGCUGAGGAACAGCUCGUACGCGCAGUCGGCGGCGGCGGAAUGCGGCGUGGCGCAGGCGUGUGUCGUGCGCAGCUACUUCGAGCUCACGCCGCACGCCCCGCACGUGGCGGUGGCGUGGGUGCACCGGGGCGUGCCGGCCGUGGGCUUCCUCUUGCGCGUGUACUCGCCCGCCGGCGUCGUCGUGCGCCUCAGGACCCUGCCCGACCCGGUCUAG